CUAACAGCAUGACAUCUUGUUUUAGAAAGCUAAUUACAUAACUUUAGAGUUAGCGUUAUAUGAAAAAACAAACCUUUUGGACCUUAAUAUUUGAUACGAGCCCCGGGGACACAUGGCCUCAGCAUCUCCGAGGGCCGCUCUACAAAGCGGAGAAAAUGAGUCCAGAGAGCACAAGCUCCCUGAACUACAGAGCUCCACCAUCAUACCAAGGCCCCCAGUCCAUGGUAAAGACCCACUGGCUGUGCUGAAGAGACGUGUAACACGGAUACAACCCAGCCAAAACCACUUAAAAGCCCGUGAGCAGAUGUUUUUUCCUGGCUGGUACACUCAGUCACCUCCAUCUCAACAAAUAGAGCAGUCACACAGGCGCCGUGAACAAUUACCAGUCCGCCUUCCUCCUCUGCAAUCCACUUCCAAGUUGUCUUGUGCGUUAUCAACCACUAGUCCCCCCAGACGGUACUUUCCCAUUAAGAUUGGUGGACAGCUGGACACUCCCUCCAAAGUUAAGAUUUAUGAGUACAGUAAGGAUGAGUUUCUCAUGAUCAGCCAUCAAGGUGUGGAAUCGGUAUGUGACGACAAGUUUGACAGUAUGAGCCCUGAGCACUGGGAAGAGGAGUAUAACUACCACUGCAAGUUGUUUCGCAUACCCUUCUUUGCCCGCUUCAGAAUGUGGAAACCCUUCUAUGUCUGGCGCACUAAAGUUCGUGCCAAGAGGAUUCAUUUGGCCAGGACGGUUCUUCAAAACAGUUUUAUUGUCAGUUCUCUAGGGCCUGCACUAAUAGACAUCAGAAAAAUGUGCAAUCAAAUCAGUGACAUGGGCUUGUGUCACAUGGAGAAAAAACACACUUAUUCACUACGGGAGUUCAAAGACACCCAGUUCAAACAGCUGCAAGAGGUAUUGAAUGACUUAGAGAAGUUUCGUGACCUGGUAAAGGAGGUGAUACUUUGUGCGUGUCAUAACUAUUUGAUGGAACCUCUGACCAGAUCUGGUAGCCCAUAUGAUCGACUGCGCAGGAGUUUUCUUGUACAGAUCAAGAAGACAUUUCUCUGUAAGCGCAAUGUCAGCUUCAUCCGUCUUGUUGACUCUUUGGUCUUCAGUGCCUUGCAUACCUUAGUGGUAAAUACAGUGGCCAAACUACUGGCUAUGCUCCAGGAGCAGAUAUGUCAGACACCCAGCCAUUCUGUUAUUCAGAGCUGGAACCAGCACUCUGAGGCUGCAGCUGACCAUGCUGAUGAAGAGAUGGACAAGAAGACUGCUGAGUCAGAAACUUCCCAUGUUCUUGCACCUAUGUUCAUGUGUGAGUUGGUGCUGGACAAAAAUGCUUUGACUUUUGAACCCUCUGAAGAGGACUUUCAGGAGACUAUUGCAGAGAUCAUUGGGUGGUUUAAGAAGACGAUGUUGUCAGUUAGCACCUUUUCAGGAGAGCCGGAUUUUGAUUCAGUGACGCAACCUCUAGAGUUUCAGAAAGUAGAAAUUAAAUAUCAUGGCCCCAGUUUGCAAUUCAUCAUGAAGACUGAUAGCCACUUACAAGGCAUCAUCCAAAACAUUAAGGAGUCACUACGGUUUGCCUUUGAUACAGCAAAAGUGUAUUCAGACAAGUUUGAAUGUUUUCGACUGUUCUGUAAGGAGAAUGAAAGUCUGGAUCUGGAUGCAUUGCGGCAACAGGAUCAUGGUUUGUCCUUCUUUGAAAAAGCACUGGAGGUAUACCAUAGUGAGCAUAAGGAGGCCUUAGCCAUCCAGGAGAAAAGGCAUCUUGGUUUACUGCUAGUGGACAAAACACAGCUCAAACAGAGGCUUGUGUCUUCCCCCCUCCGCUGUCUUGAGGUCAUCAAUGAGAUGCUCACCCAGCUGGCUAGGAAGAAGCUAGAUGCUGUCAUUGCUGAGGCUCAUGAGGCUCAGUUCAAACUAGAAUUCACUCCCUCUACUACAUCUGAGUUAGCUGAUGCUCUCAUCUUCCUCGAUGAGAUACAGGAGAGGAUUACAGUGUUAGAGAAAGAGCAGGAGACAAUAUGUCAGAUGUACAAUCUCAUUAACAUCUACUCAGUUCCCACGCCACCUGAGGAUCUGGUUGUUUUCACCACCUUGCAACCCUCCAUUAACUCAUUGCAAAGUGCCACUGAUAAGGCGGUGGCAGCGAAGGACUCCAGCAUGCACAAGUUUUUCACUUCCCUGCACAAGGACAUACAGGAGCUGAACCAUGAGGUCAUGACAAUCAAGCUGAAGUCACAGGAUCCACAAAUUUUAGACAUCAAUUCAGAUCCAUCCCAAGUGCGUCAGCUGCUCAGGGAGAUCCAGGUUUCUAUAGAGGAGUUGCAGGCCCAGGCAUCCACCUACAUGUCUUAUCAGAAGAAAUUCAAGGUGGAGGUGACCAAGUUUGACACCCUGGAGGAGUUAACUGCAGAGUGUAGGCUGAAGCAGCUGCUGUGGGACUCCCUAGAGGAAUGGGACUCUUUACAGGAUAACUGGCAGCAGAGCACACUUCAGCAGCUGGACAUGGAGCAGUUCAGCUCACAGGUCAACAAAUACAGCAAAUACGUCAACCAGCUGGAGAAGGGCCUGCCACAUAACAAUGUAGUGCCAUGUCUGAAGGACAAGGUGGAAAUUAUGAAGCAGAGGCUCCCUGUCAUCACUGAUCUGCGGAACCCGUGUAUGAAGGCAAAACACUGGAAGACCCUUGAGUCAGUGUUGGGUAUGCCCUUGAAUGUGGAAGAGCUUACUGUGGCUGUGUUGGAGGAGCUCAGUGCCUUCUCCUAUGGCAUGGAGAUAAAGAAGGUGUCAGGACAGGCUUCAGGAGAGGCAUCAGUGGAGACCAUUAUUGUAAAGGUGGAGAAUGUGUGGAAGACCACAAAGUUCACUGUGCUGUCUCAUGGUGACAAAGAAGUGUUCAUCCUGGGUGGCACGGAUGAUAUCCAGCUACUCCUGGAUGACAGCAUAAUAAAUGUGGGCACAGUGGCAUCUUCUCAGUAUGUGGGUCCCAUCAAGAGCAGGGUGGACAAAUUGCUGAGGCAGCUGACCCUCUUCAGCCAAACACUGGAUGAGUGGCUUACAUGCCAAAGGAACUGGCUAUACCUAGAGGGUAUCUUCUUGGCCCCAGAUAUCAAAUGGCAGCUGCCUGCUGAGUCCAAGAUGUUUCUUAAGGUGGACAAGUCCUGGAAAGAGAUCAUGGCAAGGGUCAAGAAGAUGCCCAAUGCCCUUCAAGCAGUGACACAGCCCGAUCUGUUGGAGACUUUUCAGCACAACAAUGCUCUUUUGGAUGAGAUACAGAAGUGUCUGGAAGCCUACCUGGAGUCCAAGAGAGUCAUCUUCCCCAGGUUCUACUUCUUAUCCAAUGAUGAGCUUCUAAAGAUCUUGGCUCAGACAAGAAACCCUCAGGCCGUGCAGCCCCAUCUCAGGAAGUGCUUUGAUGCUAUUAAACAGCUAGAGUUUGCUGUGUUGCAUGAACAACCGCCUGGGGCUACAGGAAUUGUACGGGAUGCUGGAGAACAGGAAGCCAUAUACACCAAAGACAUAUUGUAUAUGGUUUCUCCAGAGGGAGAAAAGGUGGGUUUCACUAAAGGUGUGAAGGCACAAGGCAAUGUGGAAGAUUGGCUUUGCAAAGUGGAGGAGGCCAUGUUCUCCUCACUACGACGCCUCAGCAAGGCAGCCAUUGCAGACUACCAGGUGAAGUCUAGGGAGGAAUGGGUGGUGGCUGGACAUCCAUCGCAGGUGGUGUUGACCAUCUCACAGAUGAUGUGGUGCAGGGACAUGGAGGCAUGUCUGGAGGGAGACCACGACCACUUUGCUGCUCUGCAGGAAUUUGAAUAUACCAGCUUUGAUAGGUUGAAUGCCCUGGCAGCACUGGUACGUGGGCAGCUGCCUACUUUACAUCGUAAUGUCAUCACUGCCCUUAUCACCAUCAAUGUCCAUGCCAGAGACAUUGUCACAGAUCUAGUCCGGCAGAGGGUGGACACUAAGUCUCACUUUGAAUGGCAGAGACAGCUACGCUACUACUGGGACCUGGACCUGGAUAACUGUGUAGCCACAAUGGCUCUGUCUACUUACAUUUACGGCUAUGAAUACCUGGGUGCCUGCCCUAGACUGGUCAUCACUCCACUCACGGACCGCUGCUACCUGUGUCUGAUGGGGGCGCUCCAGUUGGACUUGGGAGGUGCUCCAACUGGGCCAGCAGGGACAGGCAAAACAGAGACCACCAAGGACCUGGCUAAAGCCUUGGCCAUCCAGUGUGUGGUCUUCAACUGUUCUGAUGGGCUUGAUUAUAAGAUGAUGGGGCGCUUCUUCAGUGGACUUGCUCAGUCAGGAGCUUGGUGUUGUUUUGACGAAUUUAACCGAAUAGAUAUUGAGGUGCUGUCUGUCAUCGCUCAACAGCUCAUGACCAUAAGAAAUGCCAAAGCUGCUAAGCUUUCAAGUUUUCGAUUUGAGGGCCAGGAGAUCAAGCUGGUGAUGACAUGUGCUGUGUUCAUCACCAUGAACCCAGGCUACGCCGGAAGAACAGAGCUACCUGACAACCUUAAAGCUCUCUUUAGACCCAUAGCUAUGAUGGUGCCAAACUAUGCACUCAUUGCUGAGGUCAUUUUGUACUCAGAGGGAUUUGAGUCCAGUAAGACCUUAGCAAGGAAGAUGACCCAGAUGUACAAGCUGUGCUCCGAGCAGCUGUCCCAGCAGGACCACUAUGACUUUGGCAUGAGAGCUGUCAAGUCUGUCCUGGUUAUGGCUGGGUCUCUAAAGAGAGCUAACCCUCACCUCAGUGAGGAUGUGGUUCUUAUCAGAGCACUGAGGGAUUCCAACCUGCCAAAGUUCCUCACCAAUGAUGCUGUGCUGUUUGGUGGUAUUCUGUCAGAUCUUUUCCCUGGCGUGCAUAUCCCUGAGCAUGACUAUGGUGUGCUGCACUCCACCAUCUUUGAGUCUCUAGUUAAGCGGAACCUCCAGCCACUGCCUAGCAUGAUCAAGAAGGUGAUUCAGCUCUUUGAGACCAUGCUAGUACGUCAUGGUGUGAUGUUAGUUGGACCUACUGGUGGAGGUAAGACCACUGUCUACACCAUCCUGGCAGACACACUGGAGACCCUGCAUUGCACAGAGCAUAAGGAUAAGAACCCCUUCUAUCAGCCUGUUAAGACCUAUGUACUCAACCCAAAAUCUGUCACAAUGGGAGAGCUUUAUGGAGAGGUUAACACACUAACGUUGGAGUGGCGUGACGGACUGAUGGCACUAAGUGUCCGUGAUGCGGUCAGCGACACAAGUGACAACCACAAAUGGGUGAUCUGUGAUGGACCGGUUGAUGCUCUUUGGAUUGAGAAUAUGAACACUGUGCUGGAUGACAACAAGAUGCUCUGUCUGGCUAACAGUGAACGAAUCAAGCUUACUCCAUUCAUACAUAUGGUGUUUGAGGUCCAGGACUUGGCUGUGGCAUCUCCAGCCACAGUCAGUCGCUGUGGGAUGGUAUAUAUUGAUCCUGAUGAGCUCAAGUGGAUGCCCUAUGUGCAGACAUGGAUCAGUGGUCUAGGAGCCAAGCUCCCAGACCCAGUGCGCACAUACCUGCUGGAGCUGUUUGAUCAGUAUGUGGAGAAGGGCCUUCAGUUUGUAUUAAAGCACUGUACCCAGGCAAUUCGCCAGGUGGACAUCAGUAAGGUCACCACUCUGUGUGCCCUGUUGGAGGCAUUGCUGCUGGGCAAAGGAGGGCCAGAACUUAAAAUGGAUUCCAAGGAUCUCAACAGUGUAUUAUGUCAGACCUUCAUAUUCUGCUACCUAUGGGCAGUAGGUGGCAACCUGACCAGUUCUCACUGGGAUAGAUUUGACACCUUUGUUACAGAGCAGUUUCAAGACAACAAUGAUGCUAAGCUCCUGAAGUAUGGUACCCUGUGGAGUGUGUACAUGAACUUUAACCAUAAUUGUCUGGAGCCAUGGGAGACAAUAAUCCCUUCAUUUAAAUACAACAGUGAACAGCCCUUUUUUGAGAUGCUGGUUCCUACCACAGACACUGUCCGCUAUGGCUAUUUGAUGGAGAAACUACUAUCUGUGCAACGUUCUGUACUUUUCACUGGCAGUACUGGAGUGGGAAAGUCAGUGGUAGCUCGGGGCGUUCUCAACAAGAUCCAGGAAAAGGCAGGAUACCUUCCAGUCUACAUCAACUUCUCUGCUCAGACUUCCUCUGCUCGCACGCAGGAGAUCAUUGAGUCUAAACUGGAGAAAAAGAAGAAAAACAUUCUGGGUGCUCCUGGUAAUAAGAAGUUAGUGGUCUUUGUGGAUGACCUGAAUAUGCCCAAGCUGGACAGUUAUGGCUCUCAGCCCCCCAUCGAACUUUUGCGUCAGUUCCAGGACUUUUCAGGCUUCUACGACAGAAGCACGUUCUUCUGGAAGGAGAUCCAGGAAAUGACCAUUACAGCAGCAUGUGCUCCUCCAGGAGGGGGACGCAACCCUGUGACCCCCCGAUUCAUCCGCCACUUCAGCAUGCUGUGUCUGCCCACACCCUCAGAACAGAGCCUCAAGCAGAUAUUCAAAGCCAUCCUGAAUGGUUUCCUCAGUGAGUUUUCCCAGGCUGUGAAGGACUGUGCUGGACAGAUUGUGGAUGCAGCUGUGGAGAUCUACAACCGUUUGAGUGUAGAUCUGCUGCCCACUCCAGCUAAGUCCCACUAUGUCUUCAAUCUUCGGGAUCUCUCCAAGUGUGUUCAAGGUAUAUUGCAGUGUGAGCCAAGUCAAGUGAUAGGCAAGAACCAAAUCUUCCGUCUCUUCUGCCAUGAGUGUCAGCGGGUGUUCCACGACCGACUCAUUAACCAUCAAGAUAAGACCUAUUUCAACACCAUUGUCUGUGAAAUGGCCAGCAAAUAUUUUAGCAUUAAAUUGGAACCCUCAUACUUUGUGGCUCAGCCUAUCAUAUUUGGGGAUUUCAUCAAGGUUGGUGCAGAGAAAGUAGACCGACUGUAUGAGGAUCUGACAGACAUGAAUAAGAUUCAGACAGUCCUCCAGGACUACCUUGAUGAUUACAACAUGACCUAUUUCAAGGAGACCAAGCUGAUUUUCUUCCAGGAUGCCAUUGAGCAUGUCUCCAGGAUUGCCCGUAUGAUUCGCCAGGAGAGGGGAAAUGCCCUGCUAGUAGGAGUGGGAGGUACAGGCAAACAGUCACUUACGCGGUUGGCAGCCCAUAUGUGUGGGUACCGCUGCUUUGAGAUUGAACUGAGCCGAGGCUACAACUACGACAGCUUCCAUGAAGACUUAAGGAGGCUCUACAAGAUGGCUGGCAUGGAGGGCAAAGAUAUGGUGUUUCUUUUUACAGACACUCAGAUUGUGGUGGAGGAGUUUUUGGAAGAUAUCAACAACAUGCUAAACUCUGGUGAGGUGCCCAACCUUUUUGAGAAGGAUGAGCUGGAGCAAGUACUAGCUGCCACCCGCCCUAAAGCCAAAGAUGCUGGAAUUAGUGAGGAGAAUAGGGAUGAGGUGUUCCAAUAUUUCAUCUCUCGUGUUCGGGAGAAGCUGCACAUUGUGCUGUGUAUGAGUCCUGUGGGCAAUGCCUUCAGGUCCCGCUGUCGCAUGUUUCCUUCAGUGGUCAACUGCUGUACCAUCGACUGGUUUGUACAGUGGCCCCGGGAGGCGCUCCUUUCUGUCUCUCAGGCCUUCUUCCAGAAUGUGGAUUUUGGUAGUAAGGAGAUGAAGCAGAGCUUAUCAGCUAUGUGUGUGGAGAUUCAUGUUAGUGUCACUGACAUGGCUGAGCGCUUCUACUCUGAGCUGAGACGUAGGUACUACACCACGCCUACCUCCUAUCUGGAGCUCAUCAACCUCUACCUGAGCAUGCUAGAGAAGAAGAGACAGCGUUUAGUGCUUGCCAGGGACCGUGUGAAGAAUGGUCUGACCAAACUUCUGGAGACCAAUGAGCUUGUGGACAAAAUGAAAGUGGACCUGUCUACUCUAGAGCCAGUCCUGGAACAAAAGUCCAUUGAUGUUGAUGCCCUCAUGGAGAAACUGACUAUUGACCAGAAACUUGCUGACGAGGUGCGUACAAGAGUGAAAGAAGAUGAGGCUUUGGCCAAGGUCAAGACUGAAUACACCCAGGCCAUAGCUGAUGAUGCCCAGAGGGACCUGGAUGAGGCACUGCCAGCCCUGGACAGCGCCAAUCAGGCUCUUAAUUCACUUGACAAAGCUGACAUCUCUGAGAUCAAGGUGUUCACCAGUCCUCCAGAGCUAGUCAUGACUGAGAUACCAGAUUGGCCCAGUGCCAAGCAAUUACUGGGGGAUGCCAGUUUUCUCAAGCGCCUGACAGGCUAUGACAAGGGCAAUAUUAAGCCCCAGAUCCUACUGAAACUGCAAAAAUACAUCAACAAUCCUGAUUUCAUACCUGAGAAGGUGGAGAAGGUAUCCAGAGCCUGUAGGUCCAUGUGCAUGUGGGUCAGGGCCAUAGAUCUUUACUCCAGAGCCAACAAAGAAGUUGCCCCCAAGAAGGAAAAACACGCUAAGGCAAAGGAGAACCUGGACAAGACAUUGGCAGACCUGAAGGAGCAGCAGCAAAAGCUUCAGGAAGUGGAGCGUAAGAUCAAGGUCCUAAAGGAGCAGCAUGAAAACAGCUUAAAUGAGAAAGAGACUUUGGUUAAAACCAUUGCUCUGACACGCGCUCGAAUGGCCAGAGCAGGAAAGUUAACUUCUGCUCUAGGUGACGAGCAGGUGCGCUGGCAGGAAAGUGUGGCCAGGUUUGAGCAAGAGAUCGUCAACAUUGUUGGGAAUGUCUUCAUUGCAGCUGCCUGUGUGGCCUACUAUGGAGCAUUCACUUUCCACUAUAGACAGCUGCUAAUUGAACAGUGGAUAAUGCAGUGCCUGGAACUGAGCAUUCCCAUCAGUUCCAGCUUCAGCCUGAUCAGCAUCCUGGGUGACCCUAUUGUCAUCCGUCAGUGGAACAUAGAAGGACUGCCUCGUGACACCAUCUCUACAGAGAACGGGAUCCUGGUGACCGAGGGACGCCGCUGGCCUCUGAUGAUCGACCCACAGGAUCAGGCCAACAGAUGGAUCCGCUCCAAGGAGGCCAAACAUGGUCUAAAGGUGAUCAAGCUGACAGACCCAAGCUUUCUUCGUACCCUUGAGAAUGCUAUUCGCAUGGGCAUGCCUGUAUUGCUAGAAGAGAAACUUCAGUGUAGAGACCUUUGUUGGACAGUAUUUGUGUAUGUCUUUUGUUCCUGCACUGUAUAUGAUGGACGGACACUGAUCAGACUUGGAGAUUCAGAUAUUGACUAUGACAAAAACUUCCGGUUUUAUAUGACCACUAAGAUGGCCAACCCACACUACCUGCCAGAGGUGUGUAUCAAAGUUACAAUCAUCAAUUUCACUGUUACCAAGUCUGGAUUGGAGGACCAACUGCUCAGUGAUGUGGUGUGUCUGGAGAGUCCACAGCUUGAGGAACAGAGGAAUCAGCUGAUUGUGCGCAUCAAUGCUGACCGCAACCAGCUGAAAGAUAUUGAAGACCGCAUCCUUAAACUUCUCUUUACCUCUGAAGGGAAUAUACUUGACAAUGAAAAGUUAAUUCAUACUCUCCAGGAAUCAAAGGUGACAUCAGAGGACAUAAAGCAUCGUCUGGAGGAGGCAGUGGACACUGAGUUGAUGAUUAACUCUGCAAGGGAACGCUACCGACCUGUGGCCACCCGAGGCUCAGUCUUGUACUUUGUCAUUGCCGGUCUCUCUGAGAUCGAUCCUAUGUACCAGUUCUCCCUCAAGUACUUCAAACAGCUCUUUAACUUCACCAUUGAGACAUCAGAAAAGAGCAGUGUGUUAGAGCAGCGUCUGCAGAUCCUUGUGGACCAGAUCUUGCUCAACUCCUACAUCAAUGUGUCCCGUGGACUCUUCGAGCAACACAAGCUCAUCUACAGCUUCAUGUUGUGUGUAGAGAUCAUGAAGCAGCGUGGUGAGAUCUCAGAUGAGGAGUGGCAGCAUUUUCUAAGAGGCGCUGCAUCUUUGGAAAAGGACUAUACAGAACGGCCAGAUGUGCCAUGGCUAAGUGAUUUUUACUGGCAGACAUGUUGUGAGCUGGAGGACACACUGCCCUGCUUCAAGGACAUCUCCAAGGAAAUCACCAGAACCCAUAUCCACAUCAAGCUAGGGUGUUUUCAAGCAUCUAUUAAUCCAGAGACCUGGAAAGACUAUGUGUCAGAGUUACCUCCUCUUGGGGAGUCCAAAGAGGUGAAUAAGGACAGCGAGAUCAAAGGCUACUGGAAUGAGAGGUUGGGGACCUUCCAGAAGCUAAUCCUUAUAAAAAGCUUCAUGGGAGAGGAGGUGGUGUUUGCAGCAACAGAGUUUGUGAUUGUCAGCCUGGGGAAGCAGUUUGUGGAAAACCCUCCAGUUGACCUGGCAAACCUCUACAAUGACAUGUCACCCUCCACCCCACUGGUCUUCAUCCUCAGCACAGGGUCUGAUCCCAUGGGUGCCUUCCAUCGCUUUGCAAAAGAGAGAGGAUGUCUUGACAGAGUUGAGUCCAUCUCAUUGGGUCAAGGCCAGGGGCCAAUAGCAGAGAAGAUGAUCCAUACAGCGCUGCAGAAUGGCAACUGGGUCUUCCUGCAGAACUGUCAUCUGGCUGUCUCCUGGAUGUUAGCCAUGGAAGAGCUCAUCAAGACUUUUACUGAGCCUGACACAUCAGUCCACGAGGACUUUCGUUUGUUUCUCAGUUCCAUGCCUACCAAUGUGUUUCCUGUUACAGUACUCCAAAACUCUGUCAAGGUGACUAAUGAGCCUCCAAAAGGCCUGCGAGCCAACAUGCGACGGGCCUUCACCGAGAUCUCCAGCAGUUUUUUUGAAGACCACGUUCUGGGACGCCAGUGGAGGAAGAUUGUCUUUGGAAUCAGCUUUUUCCAUGCAAUCAUCCAGGAACGGAAAAGGUUUGGCCCUCUGGGCUGGAACAUUGGCUAUGAGUUUAACGACAGUGACAGGGAGUGUGCUCUGCUCAACCUCAGUCUCUACUGCAAAGAUGGCACCAUCCCUUGGGAUGCUCUCAUCUACAUUACAGGUGAGAUCACAUAUGGAGGCAGAGUGACAGAUGCCUGGGACCAACGCUGCCUCAGAACUAUCCUCAAAGGCUUCUUUUCCCCUAAUACUCUGGAGCCUGGUUACACCUACUCCUCCUCAGGCACCUACUAUGCCCCAGAUACAGAUGAACUAAAUGCCAACCUGGCCUUUCAGCGCCAUGAAACCAUGAUGCUAAUCAACACCAUACUGGAUGUUUAUCCCCGCUCUUCAGCCCAGCAUGGAGCUAAAAGUAAUGAUGAGAUAGUCUGUGAUCUGGCUGAAUCUAUACUAGCCAAGAUACCUGAGCAUCUGAACAUGGAUGAGGCAGUGGAAACUCUUUUUGUACAAGAUGAAAAUGGCCGCCUUAACUCGCUCACAACUGUGUUGGGCCAAGAAGUUGACCGAUUCAACAACCUGCUCAGAGUUCUCAGGAUGUCCCUUGUCACUCUGCAGAAAGCCAUAGCAGGUCUGGUGGUGAUGUCAGAGGAAAUGGACCGUAUCUACACAAGCUUCUUGAAUAAUCAGGUCCCCACCCACUGGGCAACUUCUGCCUACCCUUCUCUCAAAACCCUGUCUUCCUGGGUCAAGGACCUGGUCCUCAGGACUGCUUUCAUCCAGACCUGGAUCACACGUGGUCAGCCCAAAUCUUUUUGGAUCUCUGGAUUUUUCUUCCCUCAAGGCUUUCUUACUGGAGUGCUGCAGAAUCAUGCCAGGCGUUACAGUUUGCCCAUUGAUGAGCUGAACUUCCGCUUCAGCCUGGCUCCAACAUACAGGGAUCAGGCAGUGGUCUAUGAGGCUCUACGCACUCUGCCCAUCAAUGCAGAACUGGACAUGGAUAAAGAGUUACCAGAGCCCGAGGAUGGCGUGCUUGUGCACGGUAUGUUCAUGGAUGCCUUUCGCUGGGACGAUGACAAUAUGGUGAUUGAGGAUGCACUACCUCGGGUGAUGAACACCAUGCUGCCAGUGGUGCACUUUGAGCCUCAGCAGAACUACAUGCCUGAGCCUCACCUCUACCAUGCUCCUCUGUACAAGACCUCAGCCAGAGCUGGGACUUUGUCCACCACUGGUCACUCAACAAAUUUUGUUGUCACAGUAAUGCUUCCCUCCAAGCGACCUUGCGACUAUUGGAUAACAAAAGCCUCUGCUCUCCUGUGCCAGCUGGAUGAUUAAAUUUUCAAGGACAAACAACGGAGUUUUAAAUGUGAUUAUUCAGUGACUUGAAUUAAUGUAUCUUUUGUGGAUUAGUUUUAAAUAUUUCCACAGACACUGUUUAUGCUCAGAGUGCACUUAGUUCACAUACAUUGUAAUAAACCCUUCUGUGUUA